CCAAGGAGAAGAAAUUAAAAUUUUAAUAUUCCCUGUCGGGUUUAUUGGUUUUCUCGGCGUUUGGAUCGAGUUUAAGGUUCCAUGUUGUCUUUGUAGUCGUGGUUUACUCAGUUGUGUUUGCGGUAGACAAGACAAUUUCAACUCUUUUAUGAAGAAAGCAAUUGGUUUGUUAAUGCAAAAAACAUUUUGUGGGCGUAGAGGCCGGAACUUGGUUGGUAAAUUUAGAGCUUUGAUUUUUUGACAUAACCUGCGAUAUUUUUUCCGCGAGGGAAAUUUUUUUGACAAGCUGGAUGGCGCCUGCAGGGGAUGUUAUUGUACAGCGGUAGAUACCAUUAUAAUAUGCGCGGACGUUAUCACGCAGCGACAAACAUGGCGGCAAAGUCUGAAAGCCCAUGUGGCUUGACAUUAGAUUUAAGAUCAAUUUCUCCGAAUGAAGACAGUUCAGGAAGCUGCGGAAGUCCUAAUGGCGCCCCAUCACAUCUGAAAGAGCCUCCGAGUUCUCCGUUGAAGUCCAAACCGGAAAACGUGCGAGUGUUUCGUCGCUCAAACAAAACCAUCUACACCGCAGGCCGCCCUCCAUGGUACAAUGUUCACGGACAACUCAAAGAGCCAUUUGUUAUAGGUUUAUGUGGAGGAAGUGCAUCGGGGAAAACAACCGUUGCAAACAAGAUCAUUGAACAGCUUGGUGUUCCUUGGGUCAGCAUGUUAUCACUGGACUCAUUUUACAAGGUGUUAACUCUUGAGCAGCAUAAAGCAGCCCUCAGAAAUGAGUAUAACUUUGAUCAUCCAGAUUCAUUUGAUGCUGACUUGGCUGCAAGCGUCUUGAAGAAAUUGAAAGAAGGAAAGAGUGUGCAGGUGCCAAUUUAUGACUUCAAGACUCAUAGCAGACUAGACCAGAAGAAUGAUUUAUAUGGGGCCAAUGUGAUCAUCUUUGAAGGGAUAAUGGCAUUUGCAUACAAGGACCUGAGAAAUUUGAUGGACAUGAAGGUGUUUGUUGAUGCUGAUCCUGAUAUUCGUUUGGCAAGAAGAUUGAAGAGGGACAUCACUGAAAGAGAAAGAGAUCUUGUUGGUGUUUUGCAGCAGUACAACACUUUUGUGAAACCUGCUUUUGAUCAGUACAUUGCGCCAACGGUUGUGUAUGCUGACAUUGUUGUGCCAAGAGGUGGAGAGAAUAAUGUUGCAAUAGAUUUGAUUGUACGUCACGUGAGGACGCAACUCGAGCAGAGAGGAUUCAAUUUCAGAGCGCAGCUUCGGUCUGCGCAUCAGGGACAGCCACUACCCAGCUCACUGAGUAUUUUAGAAAGUACAUCACAAGUCAGAGGACUUCAUGCAAUUAUUAGGAAUGAGAAUGCUAGUAGAGAUGAUUUUAUCUUUUAUUCCAAGAGGUUGAUGAGAAUUCUUAUCGAGCAUGCACUCUCACUCUUACCUUUUAAAAGAGAUGUUGUCAGAACUAUGGAAGGAACAGUUUAUGAAGGAAAACGAUUUGCAGGAAAAAGGCUGUGCGGUGUGUCAAUACUGCGAGCUGGUGAAACCAUGGAACCGGCCCUGGAGUCUGUGUGUAAAGAUAUCAGAAUAGGAAAGAUUCUCAUCCAGACUAAUGAAGACACAUCAGAACCCGAGCUUCAUUAUUAUCGUCUUCCAAAGGACAUCAGUGAAGAUCACGUUAUACUUAUGGAUGCAACAGUGGCUACUGGAGCAGCCGCUCUCAUGGCCAUCAGAGUUUUACUGGACCAUGACGUCAAGGAAGAAAAUAUCCUGUUUGUGUCUCUGAUAGCUGCUGAAUCAGGUGUUCACACGAUAGCCUAUGCAUACCCAAACGUAAAGAUAGUGACAGCAGCUGUCGACCCAGAAGUCAAUGAUAAAUUCCACAUCAUUCCUGGCAUAGGAAAUUUUGGUGACCGUUAUUUUGGGACCGAUGAUUAUUGAUAAACGUAUAUUAUGAAAUUAAAAUAAGUCAUUUUUGUAAAAUGUGUAGGUAAAGAGUAGUUUGUACGUCAAUAUAUGUACCCUUUAUACAUUUGUAUGCUUGUUUGCAAAAACAUUACUUAAUAUAUCAUAUAUAUACGGUAACCAGCUAAACGAAUUAUGUACAAACAUACUUGUAAAAAUUUCUAAUUAAACCAAAAUCACAUGAAAAUCGAAUCGAAAUGUUGAAAUAACUUCACCGUAAGCCUGUACUUACAAUGUAAACGACAAGGGCGCGACAUACCUGAAGAGUACGUGGUUGUCACAGGUCAGGAAAUGGUCAGGGAAA